ACUGUUUUAUAGGUGGCAUAACUAUUUUUGUUUGAUUUUUUGAAAUAGUCGCUAAUAUUUCACAUUACAAAUUCAUCAAAUUUUACGAACGACUUUUCAAAUUUUCUUUUCUUUUCUUUUCUUUUGUAACCGCUACCAAGACUUCGUAAUCGUCGUCUUCGUAGUGGUUUCUUUUUUAUUUUUUUUAAUAAAAGGAAACAAAUUCAAAUCAGGCUAUCAAAUUAUUUGGGAUCAUUGUUGGUUUGACGUCCAAAAGUUUGAAUUUCUUCCUUUUCCAUCACCUAGCUGAUUAGGGUUUCAAGCAUUUUUUUUUCCAUUAUCAGGUUUAAGAUUUGUUGUAGCCAUUAUUUACUACUUUCAAGGUCUCAAGUGUUAUAAUGUUUGGUAAGAGCUUUUCAUUUGCUAAAGAUUUUGGCUUUUGCGGUUGCUUUGGCUACACAACAAAGCCCAAACGGUCGAGGUCCCGUUGCAGGCCAAACUCCCAGGACUUUUUUUUAGAUGAAGAAAUAGAAGAAGAGGAUAGUUGUUUAUAUAACGAUGAUUUUACGAGCACUUCUCAAGUAGAUGUGGUUGAGCCUAUAAGCCGUGCCAAGCGUUCUGAGGAGAUUUUGAGGUUCAAACUCAACAAUGGAAUGAUUUGCAGGCAAUUUAUAGUUAAGGAAACCAACAGGAUUAUUCGCUCAGAGGAUGAAAAUGGGAAUAAGAUGGUUAAUGAAUAUGUGCGUGAAUAUAGGAUUGGUUCUGGCAGCUAUGGAAAAGUGGUUCUAUAUCGAAACAGUGUAGAUGGGAAACACUAUGCUAUUAAGGCUUUUCAUAGGUCUCAUUUGUUAAAGCUACGGGUUGCUCCAUCAGAGACUGCAAUGACCGAUGUUCUUUGUGAGGUUCUAAUUAUGAAAAUGUUGGAGCAUCCCAAUAUAGUAAAUCUCAUUGAGGUGAUUGAUGACCCAACCACGGAUCAAUUUUACAUGGUUCUUGAAUAUGUGGAAGGAAAAUGGGUUUUGGAAGGUUCUAGUCCUCCUGGAGCCAUUGGAGAAGAUACUGCUAGGAAGUAUUUGCGAGAUAUAGUAUCUGGGCUUAUGUACCUCCAUGCACAUAAUAUUGUGCAUGGAGAUAUAAAGCCUGAUAAUUUAUUGAUUACUAAAACGGGUUCGGUGAAGAUAGGAGACUUCAGUGUCAGCCAGGUGUUUGAGGAUGAUAAUGAUGAGCUUCGUCGUUCGCCUGGGACUCCUGUUUUCACUGCACCUGAGUGCUGCCUAGGCUUAACCUAUCGAGGAAAAGCUGCAGAUACAUGGGCUGUAGGAGUUACGUUGUACUUUAUGGUACUGGGAAAAUAUCCGUUUCUCGGUGAAACACUACAGGAUACGUAUGAAAAGAUUGUUAAUAACCCUCUGGUUCUGCCAAAUGACUUGAACCCAGAGUUGAGGAAUCUCCUGGAAGGACUUCUUUGCAAAGACCCAAAACAGAGGAUGACUUUAAAUGCAGUAGCAGAGAAUCCCUGGGUUAUAGGAGAAGAAGGACCAAUCCCCCAAUACUUGUGUUGGUGUAAGGGUAAUAGCUGCCACAGGGAAGAAUCUAAUUGCAGAAAUGGUACUCACCAGUCUGAAGCUUAACUAGAUUAAGGACCGGUUUCGGUUUGCUGUACGGUGGCUUUCUUUUUCUUUUUUUUACCCUAUUCUUUUUGCACCAGAGGCACCAUGUUUAUUAAGAUUUACUAGGUUCAUUUUUGUGCAAGAGGGUGACUUGUCUUAACUCUUCAAGCCUCAUUUGGACCUGAGACAAGCCUGCCCAAACAUUCUUAACUGGGAACAACAAUACAAUCACCUCGGCUUAUUCCUAGGUCUGCUCGAGUUUGGAAAUAGUAAUUUUUUUCAUAUUAAUAUUCAUAUUUUGUAAUUUUAAAAAAUCAUUAUUUUUUUUAAAAAAAAUUAUUAUUGA